UCCUCCAUUUAGUUCUUCCUGUCCUCUCCGUCACCACUCUCUACGGAGCGAAGGAGAAGAAAAAGGCAAAUUAGGAUUUGAUUAGCGUCUCUGCCUAUAAAGCUGGAAAUCGAGCGUAAAAGGUGAAAGCAAGGAAGGAGUGGGGGUGUAGAAUUAGAGUGUAGCUUGAUUUGAUCUAUGGCGUUGAGAUUGGUUUUCCCUCAGGAUGCUUUCCUUUGUGCCUCGUCGCCUCGUGGUCGCAAUGGGCAUAUCGUGACCGCUCGAUCGCCUCGGUUUGCAAUGGCAUCGACAGUCCGGACCUCCACUAGGAUUGACAUCCCAAAAAAGUCUUUCAGUCCCCCUCGUGAGGUACAUGAGCAAGUUACCCACUCCAUGUCACCCCAGAAGAUUGAGAUCUUCAAGUCAUUGGAGAAUUGGGCAAAAGAUAACAUCUUGGUGCAUUUGAAGCCUGUUGAGAAAUCAUGGCAGCCUCAGGAUUUUUUGCCAGAUCCCUCUGUAGAGAGCUUCCAUGACGAAGUUAAGGAACUAAGAGAACGGUCAAAGGAAAUUCCAGAUGAUUACUUUGUUGUCUUGGUUGGAGAUAUGAUUACAGAAGAGGCUCUUCCUACUUAUCAAACCAUGUUGAAUACCCUUGAUGGUGUCCGGGAUGAAACAGGUGCGAGUCUUACUCCUUGGGCAGUUUGGACUCGGGCGUGGACUGCCGAAGAAAACCGGCAUGGAGAUCUCCUCAAUAAGUAUCUGUACCUUACUGGAAGGGUGGACAUGAAGCAAAUUGAAAGGACGAUUCAAUAUCUGAUAGGCUCUGGAAUGGACCCAAGAACAGAGAACAAUCCCUACCUUGGCUUCAUCUACACUUCCUUCCAGGAGCGCGCCACCUUCAUCUCGCAUGGAAACACUGCUAGGCACGCCAAGGGGCAUGGCGACUUGAAUCUGGCACAGGUUUGUGGUAUCAUCGCAUCUGACGAAAAGCGGCAUGAGACGGCCUAUACUAAGAUCAUCGAGAAGCUCUUCGAGGUUGACCCUGAUGGAACCGUGCUCGCCUUUGCCGACAUGAUGAAGAAGAAGAUCUCAAUGCCCGCCCAUCUCAUGUUUGACGGCCGCGAUGAUAACCUUUUCGAGCACUUCUCUGCGGUUGCGCAGAGGCUGGAAGUGUACACGGCCAAGGACUACGCCGACAUUCUCGAGUUCCUUGUUGGAAGGUGGAAGGUGGAGGGACUCACCGGGCUCUCUAGUGAGGGAAAAAAAGCUCAGGACUUUGUCUGUACUCUGGUGCCAAGAAUUCGAAGGAUAGAGGAGAGGGCUCAGGGAAGGGCUAAGCAGGGAGGAACCAUGCGUUUCAGCUGGAUAUAUGACAGGGAAGUAAAGCUCUGAGCUUUUGGUUGUAAUUGCUACGCUUUUAUUAGUUGUUGGCGAUAAGAUUUCUUGUUUACUAUUAAUAGGUGGGUGAGAAGGUUUAUAAUUUCUGUCAUGUUUUUCAUCAUAAUUUUGAGUGCUUCUGUUCAAUGGGUAGUAAUGGUGGAUUGCUGGGUGUGGUUGGGGAACUGUAUGUGACGCUAUGUUCACAGAGUAGAAGAUUGGGUUGGUGUGUUUCAGAGCUGAUGAACUUAAAUGUUGGUAUGUUUUAUACAAGUACCCUUAUUUGGAAAUUUGUGGAUCCAUUGUAGAUGAACUUAAA